GUACACAAAUCUUGUAUAAAUAAAUAGAGUACCCUCCCUCUACCUCUCCUCUCCCCACAUUAGUGCUCAAAAACCAACCACUCCAUUAUCAUUUGUGCUUUGUGUUUUCCUUCAUUUUGUGUCACCCCAUUAAUUGGAGAAAAUUUGAUUGGCCUUCUUUUGUGUUUUCUUCAUUUUGGGUCACCCCCAUUAGAGGCUUUUAACUUUUGAUGAUGGAUUCCUUUGCGAGUGGAGUGAAGUAUGAAUGCCUACUCUUUGAUAUGGACGACACCUUGUAUCCGAUGAGUUCGGGGAUCAACUUAGCCUGUCGGAAGAACAUACAAGAUUAUAUGCUGCAUCACCUCAAAAUCGAGGAGAGUCAAGUACCGAAGAUGUGCCUCGAUUUGUACAAAGAAUAUGGAACAACAAUGGCUGGUCUUAAGGCCCUGGGAUUCGAAUUCGACGAUGAUGAGUUCCAUGCUAAUGUUCAUGGAACACUGCCAUACGAGACAUUAAAACCUGAUCCUCUCUUGAGGCACCUACUUCUGUCGAUGCCGCAGCGGAAAAUAAUUUUCACUAAUGCUGAUAAAGCUCAUGUGGCAAAAGUUCUCAGCAGAUUAGGGCUAGAGGACUGCUUUGACGGUGUGAUAUGCUUUGAAACGCUUAACCCGCCGGUCGAAGAUAAUGAAGAGAAUGGCGAUUCAAAUCUCAGGAGGCGAGUUCUUUGCAAACCCUCUUUGGAAGCCAUGGAGGCGGUCAUUAGGAUUGUGAAAAUUGAUCCAAAGAAAACAAUAUUCUUCGACGACAGUGCGAGGAAUGUAAGCGCGGGAAAGGCAGUUGGUUUUCGUACUGUCAUUGUUGGGAGCUCGGCGGUGGUGCCAGGGGCUGACGUGGCGCUCGAGAGCAUCCACAACAUCAAGGAAGCAUUGCCGGAGAUUUGGGAGGGUGGUGAUGGCCAGUUGGAUUCCGUCAUUCCGUCCACCUCGGUGGAAACUAUAGUCCUUGCUUAAUUCUAUAAUCUAUGUUAAAUGGUCUCUUCAUUCCUUGUAGUGAAUGAGUGAGUGAGUUAGUCCAUUUAUGGAGUGUUGGACUGUUCCACUCUCCCAGAAAGGAAUGUUUUCAUUAACAACUUUAGAGAAAUAUAUUAAGCCGAAAGAUAUAUAUAUAUAUAUAUAUAUAUAUAUAUAUAUACAUAUUUUGUUCCAAUUUGUGUCAGCUCAUCGAUCUCACAUUUUACAGUACAAUCCAUACCAAUAUAUAAAAGUCGAGCAAUGUCGCAUUGUCUUUAUAUGACUCAAA